UCUUCUUCGUGCUGUUGCUGCUGCACUGUCUUCUUUUGUUUUGGCCUCGCGUCGUAGUUGUCGCACGCUUCCGAUCUCUCGCACGCUUCUGUUUAUCGCCAUGGCGCUCGUCCAGUCCGUUCUCAAGAAAGACGACGACAUUGAAGACGAAUCUGAAUUCUCGCCGUUCUAUGGCAUUGAGAAGAGCGCCGUGCUGCAGGAAGCGCGCGUGUUCAAUGACCGAGAGCUCGAUGCUCGUCGGUGUGCACAGGUUAUUACGAAGUUGCUAUACCUUAUCAAUCAGGGCGAAACUUUUACAAAGAAUGAAGCAACGGAUGUUUUUUUCGCGACUACUAAACUGUUCCAGUCAAAAGACAUCGGUUUACGACGUAUGGUCUAUCUCAUGAUCAAAGAGAUUUCCCCGUCAAAUGAUGAGGUUAUUAUUGUAACAAGCUCAUUAAUGAAGGAUAUGAACAGCAAGACAGAUCUUUAUCGCGCGAACGCUAUACGGGUCCUCUGCAGAAUCACAGAUGGUGGUUUAUUAGGCCAGAUUGAACGGUAUCUCAAGCAGGCUGUUGUGGACAAGAAUCCUGUUGUUUCGAGCGCUGCACUAGUCAGCGGUAUCCAUCUACUUCAGAGCAAUCCCGAAAUUGUGAAGCGAUGGAGUAAUGAAGUUCAAGAGGCUGUUCAGUCCAAGGCACCACUUGUUCAGUUCCAUGGUUUGGCAUUGCUUCAUCAGAUUCGUCAAAAUGAUCGAUUGGCUCUGAACAAGUUGGUGAGUGGCUUCACCAGGGGAAGUGUACGGUUUCCCUUAGCUCAAUGCUUGCUCAUCCGCUACACGAGCCAGGUAAUUUCGGAAUCAGGUCCGAACAAUAUGAGUGGGAACAGGCCAUUCUAUGAUUUUCUAGAGAGCUGUCUACGGCACAAGACAGAUAUGGUCAUUUUUGAGGCUGCUCGUGCAAUAACCGAACUCAGCGGGGUUACCAGUCAAGAGCUCGCGCCAGCUAUCACUGUAUUGCAAUUGUUUUUGAGUUCAUCUAAGCCCGUUCUGCGCUUUGCAGCUGUUCGAACUCUCAACAAGGUUGCACAGACCCAUCCAUUAGCAGUCACCAGCUGCAACAUCGACAUGGAAAGUCUCAUUUCUGACCAAAACCGCAGCAUUGCUACUCUUGCAAUCACUACUUUACUGAAGACUGGCAAUGAAUCAAGUGUUGAUCGGCUUAUGAAACAGAUCACGAAUUUCAUGUCAGACAUAGCUGAUGAGUUCAAGAUUGUGGUUGUGGAGGCCAUCCGCUCUUUGUGUCUCAAGUUCCCUCAAAAAUAUCGCUCAUUGAUGAAUUUUCUGAGCAACAUAUUAAGAGAGGAAGGAGGGUUUGAUUACAAAAAAGCGAUUGUUGACUCCAUACUUAUCCUCAUUCGUGAGAUUCCUGACGCUAAGGAAAGUGGACUCUCUCAUCUCUGCGAAUUCAUAGAAGACUGCGAAUUCACCUACCUGUCUACUCAGAUUCUGCACCUCCUUGGAAACGAGGGGCCCAAAACUGCAGAACCCAGGAAGUAUAUUCGCUAUGUAUAUAAUCGUGUUAUAUUGGAGAAUGCAACAGUGCGUGCAAGUGCUGUCAGUGUUUUGGCAAAAUUCGGAGUAUUGAUUCAGAGUUUGAAGCCACAAAUUCUCGUACUGUUGCGGAGAUGUUUGUACGACCACGAUGAUGAGGUGCGUGACAGAGCAACUCUAUAUCUAUCCCUUCUCACAGAUGAACCAGAAACAGUUCAAGAGGAUGCUCAAGCAUUCUUGUUUCAGAGUUUGGACGUGCCUUUGGAAAACUUAGAAACAAGUUUACAAUCCUUUGAGCCAAGUGAGAGGCCAUUUGACUUGUCAGCAGUUCCCAAGGAUGUGAAACCACAGCACCAAGUGGAGAAGAAGGCCCCUACAAGGAGUGAGAAGAAGGCUGCAAAUCUAAAAGCAGCAGCCGACGACGGAGCUUCAAAAUUGUUUGAGGAUUACGAGAAACUACUGAACUCGAUCCCCCAGUUUGCUGGAUUUGGAAAACUCUUCAAGUCGUCUGCUCCUGUGGAGUUAACAGAAGCAGAAACAGAAUAUGCUGUGAACGUGAUUAAGCAUGUUUACUCUGGACACAUCGUCUUCCAGUUCAAUUGUACGAACACCAUCUCAGAGCAGCUUCUUGAAAAUGUCACAGUGGUCUCGGAAUGCAUAGAGGGGGAGGACUUUACUCAUGUGGCUACAAAGCCUUUAGCAUCUAUGCCAUGCGGGGUACCUGGUCAGGCUUUUGUCGCUUUUGAGAAACCAGAGGGAUCUUGUUCCCUCGGAAAAUUUUCCAAUACGUUGCGUUUCCUUGUUAAGGAGGUGGAUCCCAGCACAGGUGAUGCAGAUGAAGACGGGUAUGAGGAUGAAUAUCAACUUGAAGACUUAGAGGUUGCAUCAGCGGAUUAUAUCCUGAAGACACGAAUUUCAAACUUCAAAAACGCUUGGGAAUCUUUGGACUCGGAUUUGGAGCGUGUCGAUGAGUACAGUCUUGGCGUGAGGGAGGAUCUGGCAGAUGCUGUGCAAGCAGUUACCACAAUUCUUGGGAUGCAAACUUGUGAGGGAACAGAUAUUGUACCAAGUAACGCGAGGUCCCACAUUUGGUUGUUGGCUGGUAAAUUUAUCGGUGAUAUUCUUGUGUUGGUUCGCCUAUCAGUUGGCAUAGACUCUCAAAAGCAGGUUGCAAUGAAACUUGCAGUUCGCUCUGAGGAUCCAGCUGUAAGCGACAUCAUUCAUGAGAUUAUCAAUUCUUAGGAAAGAGUGGGAUUCUUUCAUUCAUUUCUGCUUCCUUCCUGGUGUCAAACUAAGCGGGUCAGUAUUCACCAGCGUACAGCCGGUGAAGCGAGUAGGGUUACUUCGUCCUUACGUACCGCCCUGAGCACAACCUCACCAAAUGGGCCAUUACUCAAUAUCGUACAGCGAAUCAGUAGACUCGAGCUUCUUCCUUUUUCUUGUACCCCCUGUGCUCAAUCAUAGCAGGCUUAGUAUAAUCAACAGCUCACCAUGAAUUGAGAGUGAUUAGAUAAAUAUCUGCAUAUAUAUAUGUAAGUAUAUGUAUAAAUGGAUGAUCAAGUCUUCUAGUCUUUAUGAUCAUGUUGAAGAGCUAGUUGGAGGAUGAGAAACGUUUUAUUAGCACAGAACCCUUGCUUAACUCUGUUAAGAAGUCCCAUUAAUCUUAACUCCCCGCAGCUUUGCUAUAUAGUUUCGUACCGGAAGUUAAUGUAGUCAUCAUUGUUCCCAAGUCAGCUUCAAUUUUAGCAUUGUUAGGGCGCGGAAAUAUAUGACAGUGAAAACAAUGAGAUGCUGCCCUCCUCACUUCGGGAAGCGACCAUACGACUGCUACCCCCCGAAUAAGAGGUACUGUAGAUUUUACCUAUAUCUUACUAGUUAUAAAAUAUUGCAUGCCCCAGCUACGAAAACCUAAAUUCGAGCUACUUGGAGCUUUAUAUUAAGCGCAGAUCUAUCGUCUAAAUGCUUUAAAAUCGUGCAGCACAUUUUCUCCCCUCUCACAAGCUGCAUUAACUUUCUCAGCAGCCUUAGCAAUUUGGGCUUAUAAUAGAGCUCCUCAUGAAGCUGGGAAGCCACAUUUGACCUUU